AUGUCACGAUCCACCAACCCUUCCACCAUCCUCCUUCCUUCCUCGCUACUUCUUCUCCUAUUGUUCCUCAUUGGACAAGAAACUUCAGCUCUCCUAAUCCCGACACCACCAUCUCUAAAGAAUUCAGCAGUUUCUCAACGAGCUUCUGUUAGUUCCUUGUCCCUUUGUCCUGGAGAAGGUAACAAGCUUGUCGAUGCCUAUAACCAGGCAGUCGUAGCAUCCAAGGUGGAAGCCGAGGAUGAUGUCGUGCUUGUGCUACAACAACGAGAUGACGAACCAGACACUUCCGAUGAAGCUGCAGCCGCAGUCGCAACACCACCCGCUGGUAUCAUUCAUCGCAUCAAACAUGCCUUGGAAAUCGUUGCAACAACAACAACUAGUACUGCUGAAGCAUCACCAAAGGACCAACAACAAGAAUUGCUUCCAUAG